GAUAGAGGCAACAUUUGUUUUAAUAAUCAUUAAAGUAAUUGCUCUAUCCAUUAACACAAUUUGGCGCCUCAAUUCUAUUUAAAGAACCUCAGAACCAGAAGUUAGCUCAUCCCACUUCCUACCUAAGCUAGCAAAGUACAAAACAAUGGCUAACUCUAGUUACCAAACUUUGCUAGAUGGCCCCUCAAAAAUAUCCAAUAGUGUCAAAUUUCUCUACAUUCCGCUCUCCUUAAUUGCCAUCUUCGGCUCAAUAGCUCUAUUUUCUCACACAAUUCUCAACAAAACCAGCGAAACUGAUGUUGUUUCAUCGAAAGCCCGUCUUUGCAGUCAUGCUUAUGAUCCAUCCUCUUGUUUGGCUGUUCUGUCCGAAGUGAGUCAUCAUUCUCCUGGAUUGCUCCAACAAUCCAAAGAUGCUGACUUACUUCGGAUGGUUUUAGCAAAAUCAUCGUACCAUAUCCGAGAAACCAUGGAGUUUACCCACCAUGUUACGAGUCGGAUGAAUGACAUAACCGGGCGGGCUGCAUUAGCUGACUGCAUGGAGUUGAUGGAUAUGUCCAUGGAUAGAGUGACGGACUCCAUGGUGGCUCUCGCGAGUAUCCAAACGGGUUCCAACUCCCAUUCGGAUAUCCAUGCAUGGCUGUCUAGUGUUCUCACUAACCAUGUUACGUGCCUGGAUGGGUUGACCGGGGCAGCCCGUUCGGUGAUGGAGCCAAUGGUGAAUGAAAUGGUAUCUAGGGCCAGAGCUUCGCUGGCUGUGUUUGUGGCAAUUGCACCAAAACCAAAAGAUGAAAUAUCGGAGCCAUUAAAAGGUGAUUUCCCAUCAUGGAUUACUAGUAAAGAUCGGAGGCUCUUGCAAUCCUCGGGUCAGAAUAUCAAUGCAAAUUCGGUUGUGGCGCAAGAUGGAAGUGGGAAUUACCGGACCGUCCAAGCUGCGGUCGAUGCUGCUCCUAGUAAUUCCCCAAACCGUUACGUAAUCUACGUGAAAAAAGGAACUUACAAGGAACAAGUUAAUAUAGGAAAGAACAAGAAGAACUUGAUGUUGGUUGGUGAUGGACAGGAUGCCACCAUUAUCACUGGAAGUUUGAACGUUGUCGAUGGAUCUACCACCUUUAGAUCUGCAACUGUUGCUGCUGUAGCGGAUGGAUUCAUAGCCCAAGAUCUCUGUUUCCAGAACACAGCCGGCCCGGAGAAACACCAAGCCGUCGCACUUCGGGUCGGAGCUGACCAAUCGGUGAUAAACCGUUGCAAAAUCGACGCAUUCCAAGACACACUCUACACCCACAGCCUUCGCCAAUUCUAUAGAGAUUGCUACGUCACCGGCACUGUCGACUUCAUCUUCGGAGAUGCCGCCGUAGUCUUGCAAAACUGCCAGCUCGUGGCCCGAAGGCCCAUGAACAACCAACAGAACAUGGUCACGGCCCAGGGCAAGACUGACCCGAAUACCAACACCGGAACGUCCAUCCAAAACUGUAACAUAGUCCCCAGUUCGGACCUUGCACCCGUUAAGGGAUCCAUAAAGACAUUCCUGGGACGCCCAUGGAAAGAGUAUUCCAGGACGGUGGUGAUGCAAUCCAGCAUUAGUGAUCAUAUUGACCCGACGGGGUGGGCCCCUUGGAGCGGCGAUUUUGCACUUAAUACCUUGUACUACGGUGAGUAUAUGAAUAGAGGCCCCGGAGCUGGAACUAGUGAGCGGGUUAAUUGGCCCGGUUACCAUGUUAUCACCAGCGCGGCGGAGGCCAGUAAAUUCACGGUGGCGCAACUCAUUCAGGGCGGUCAGUGGCUGAAGAACACUGGAGUGACCUACACUGAGGGUCUCUAAUUUUAGUAAAUAAUUAAUAUAAAUAAUGACGCCUUUGUUUGUGUCGCUCUGAUAUUCUUAAAAUGGUGCACCAACUAUAAUAAUAUUUUAAGUUGUUUAGUAUCUCAAUUUCGUUAAUAAAUGCUAUUUGUAGUAAGAAAUAAAUUGUUAUGCUUCUAUUCUAUUUCUAUGUUUUGAGGUGAGUUAAUAAAAUUGUAUAACAGAGACAUGGUCAAAAGGGC